GUUUCUAAUUGGAUUUCAUUACCACUUCCUCUCAGUUUUUCCCAGCCAGACUCUCUGGUUGGGAGGAACGGCUUUCACUGGAUUCCCAUCGACACAGAGCAGCAGCUCUCAGAGACUGCACCACCAUCAUCUGCCGUGACACUGCAAUGACUUCGCUCAGGCUGUUGCCCCUGCUGCACUCAAUCCUCCUCCUCCAAGUCCGUCUUUCCAGCCCGUUAGAAGACAACAAGAUCCCUCCCAGUCUGUGCACUGGUCACCCUGGUAUCCCGGGCUCUCCUGGAGCUCAUGGCAGUCCUGGUCAGCCAGGGAGAGACGGGCGGGAUGGGAGAGAUGCUGCUGCGGGGGAGAAAGGACAGAAGGGGGACAGGGGAGACCCAGGUGAGACAGGAGUGCGAGGUCUGACCGGGGACAGAGGUGACCCAGGAGAGAAAGGGGAGAGGGGCCAGCCAGGAGAGUGUGCAGUGGCCCCCAAAUCAGCCUUCAGCGCCAAACUCUCCGAGGGCCACUCUUUACCCCUCACUGUCGGCGACGUGGUCCGCUUUGACAAGAUCAUGCUCAACGAACAGGGCGACUACAACACAGAGACGGGACGCUUCACCUGCAAAGUCCCUGGAGUUUACUACUUUGCCGUUCACGCCACAGUCUACCGCGCCAGCCUGCAGUUUGACCUGAUGAAAAACGCUCACACGGUGGCAUCUUAUUUUCAGUUCUACGGCAACUGGCCCAAACCGGCGUCUCUGUCAGGUGGCUCCCUGCUCCACCUCAUCCCUGGUGACCAGGUGUGGGUCCAGAUGGCUCUGUCAGAGUACAACGGAUUUUACUCCAGCACCAAGACAGACAGCACCUUCACCGGCUUCCUGGUGUACUCAGACUGGAAAAACUCUGCUGUGUUUGCAUGACAUGCGCUUCUGAACAAAACAAAGUCAUAUCCCACUUUGGGAAAUGAACCAAAACCUUUUUCUUUUUGUUUUCUAAUUGAGAAGUUCUGGAUAAAGACACACGAAUAAGACGUGACAUGGUACAUCUGUGUUUAUAUAAGUAGAAAACACAGCAGGCAAUGUUACUUGAAUGGCACAUACCGUCCUGGUGAGGUGUGAGGUACACACACGGAGCACUAAUGUUUAUUCAGUGUCUGUUCUUCAGUUGCAGCCUUGAAACUGUGACACUUCAUUAUUGUAACAGAUGUUGUGACAACGGCCUGCAGCCAACUCCAGGCCGCAAAUUCAAACAGCUUCUAUGAGAUUAUUGCACUGUUGUUUCCCAUCACUUUCUGCACAGUGAACAUGAAAAAAUGAAUAAAUCACCGUGGUUUUGGAAAACACGCGACUGAUAUGUUCUCGGCCAUAUUCAUGUAGGAUGCUGACAAACGUGAGGAGAUCGCUUUUAAUAAUCGUUGCAAUGUGUCAGCUUUAAGCUUCAGUCUCCAAACAUGAUAUUUGUGACACUUUCUCACAGCACACCAGACUGUGCACACAGCUGACAUGUAGCAGCAGAGGUGGAGGAAGUAGGAAGGACUCGCAGCAAACUGUGCUAAAAGUGUUUAAAAUACUCAUUCUGCAAAAAAAAAACAAAAACACAAAAGAACGGUGCCUUUGAGUGAAUCAUUGUUGUAUAUAAUAUUGUUAGAUAUACAGUUUGGUAUUUCAAUCCAGUGAUGCCAAUGUAGGGAUCAUCCCCCUUUAGAGUGUCACAGGACAAAUCUGAAGGGCCGUGAGAUGAUAAAUGAGGCAGUUUCUUACUUUUCUCUACUUCUGUUCCUUUAAUUUAAUCAUUUUAUCUUAAUUUUUAACUAUCUAAGAUGUUUAGAGGGGAAAUAACUCUAUA